AUGGUUGUGGUGGAGGUGGUGGUGGUUCUGGAGGUGGCGGUGGUGGUGGAACCGGCUUACUCCUUCGAUGAAGAGGAGCACGUUUACGGCGGAGUAGCUCUCGCGGACAAGGUAUACUGUUUGUUGGUUGGUUGGUUGGAUAUAAAUGGACCGAAGCGAGUUAUACUUGGCAUUGAGGAAUGUGUUGAAAGUCUACGAUCUGCUGGAGAAAAAAAAGGAACGGAAGAAUCGGAGUCGGAAAAUGAGGGUGAACGAGUUAUGCACCGCUCCGACACCACCACCGUGUCAUUCGACGACGACGACGAUGACGACGAACAGAAGAUCGUGCGAUGA